UAUAUGGUCAGAGUUACAUUUGAUAUUUAUCGAUAGAUGCAAUUGCACUCGAUAUGCCGCACUUGAAACUGUGAUAGCACUAGAGUCCAAGCAAAACAAACGACGCUCAACAUAAAUAUUGCAAACAUGGAUAUUUGCCGGGUUUGUCUCAACAGCACAGUUACGCUAGUGGACAUAUUUGCCAAGCGUGAGCAAGUAGAUCAGGCCAAUCCGGAGCCCUGCCUGGCGGAUAUGCUCAACGAGAUCGCCGUGUGUCACGUUAAGCUCGACGAUACAUUUCCGCAACACAUUUGCCUCAGCUGCGUGCUGGGCGCUCAAAAUGCCUGGCGAUUCAAAAACAAAUGCGAAUCCAGCUACAAACAGUUAAUAGCAAUUAAGGAGCAGCAGCAACAAAAAGAACAACAACUACAGCAACAGCAGGAGCAACAAUUGAAAGCCAAAGAAGAAAUUGUGUGUGAAGAAAGUAAAAUCAUUGAAAUCAAGCUGGAACCGCUUGAAGUGGAAAAGGAAACAACAACCCAAGCGAUUACCUUAAAGCCUUACAAAUGUGGCAUGUGCAGCAAAGCAUUUGCUGAUGUCACCAUAUUACGAGUGCACAAGAAGUGGCAUGCAGAGAUCCGGAGUAAAGCACAAGCGGCCGUGGCACAAGUGACACGAAAACCAAUUGAGAAACUGCAGAAAACAGUCAAAACCAAAAAGGAGAUAAAAAAGUUUCGCAAGAGGACUACGGAUACUUCAGAUCGACCAUUUCAGUGCACCGAAUGCAAUCAAGGCUUUUUCAAGAAUCUACACUUAACGCGGCAUAUGCGAAUACAUACCGGGGAAUGUCCCUACGAAUGUCCUUAUUGUUCCGAGGCCUUUUAUAGGAGCGACUAUCGUAAGAGGCACAUCGAGUAUGAGCACAAAGUUACCGAUCCUGCACCCAAACUAAGGUCAAGGCGGGCGUCAAAGUGAUGAUGAUUGGCCUAGGAGUUGAUUUAGGAAUAACCAUAAACAUGUACCAUAAAAAAGGAAGAACCUCAUUGCUUAAUGUUGGAGUUUAGAAGCCAAAACAGAAGAUUUUAAAUAGAAAACACAGUAUCAAUAUUUUAAAUAAUAGCAAAUCUUUGUAAAAGGUUUUCAAGAAAAUGAUUCACGACGUCUCAUUGUUGAAAUUCAAUGCGUAAAUUUGAUUACCGAACGUUAUUUAACAAGCUAUAUUUUAAAUUAUAUUAUAUAUUUUAAUUAAAAUAAAUAACUUAAGAAAACCAUUUCAUUUUGCAACUCUUCCGCAAUACACUUUGUUGAAUCUUGAAACUUCCAUCUACUCCGAUUUUGAGAUAAAUCUGGAUUCGACAAGAUCUCACAAUAAAA